UAUAUUAAUUUGGAUAAUUAGAAUUUAUUAUUUAAGAGGCGAAAUUGAAUUGCAAUUAUUUUUUUUCUUUUCUGAAAAAAAUAUUAAUUAUAUGUAUACAAAUUAGUGGAGCGAUAACUUAUACUUGUACGUGCACUUCUUUUUUAAUUUUUUUAAAUACUUAAUUGUGAACCGACAAGCUUUUAUUGUUGAACAGCUGUUGAUAAGAAAAAACAGGUGAUGUGGUGACAGUUUGAAGCGCACUAGUUUUGCACAUUUUCUUGAAAACACUCAAAAUUCUCACUUCCUUACCAAUAUAAUAAAAAAUAAUUAAUUUAAAUAUGUCUGAUUUGCAAAAGCGCACACUAUUCACUACCAAAACAUCAUUCCUGACCACAGCGGCUGGCAUUGGUUUGUUAUGUCUUGUUGUUCGUCAAAGAGCACGUAUUAUAUCCUACAUACGCAACUACAGAAACCCUUUGGGAGGAAAGCAUAUAACCGUUGUUGAAACACUUGAUGAAUGCCAACAUGUUUUAGAUACAUUAAAACGUCACUGCCAUGAAUAUAAAGUUCUCGGCUUUGAUUGCGAAUGGGUGACAGUGGGAGGCAAGCGUCGACCUGUAGCACUACUGCAGUUAUCUUCACAGAAAGGACUUUGCGCCCUAUUCCGCCUUUGUAACUUACAACAAAUACCAAAAGAUCUCCGUGAUCUGCUCGAAGAUGAUAAAGUUAUAAAGGUGGGAGUAGCUCCACAAGAUGAUGCACACAAACUUGCAUUUGACUAUGGUGUGGGUGUGGCAAGCACAUUCGAUUUGAGAUAUUUGGCUGCCUUGGUUGAACAAAAACCAGAAGGUUUAGCUAAAAUGGCAAAGAGCUUGCUAAACGUGCAACUGGAUAAAAAUUGGAGAUUAUCUUGCUCAGAUUGGGAAGCUAAAGUACUAAACGAAAAGCAAUUGCAGUAUGCAGCAAACGAUGCAUUGGUCGCAGUGAAAAUAUUUGACAAGCUCGUGAAGAAGUUGGAACCAAAUUCGUUUUGGAAACCAAAAAAGUUGAACUUCGAUAAUAUUCAAGAACGGUUGGAACCAUUUUUUGAUGUUCGCUUCAAGGAAGGAUUUUUAAACAACUGCGCGAGUAUCGAGAGAAGUAAAGCUGCAGCAAUCGCUGGGAAAAAGUCAAAAAUAAAGCCUCUGCAAACUCGUAGCAUUAGCACACGCAGUAAAGCACUGUACGAUAACUGCAAUUUACAGGCACCAGAUGGUGAACUGCUUUGUACUAUAGAUGCGAAGAAAGCACAAUGGUAUGUAGAUCAAAGUUUGGGCGAGAUCAUAUCGAAUACACCGUUAACUGUGCGUUUGAAUUUCGAGCCUUCGGGACGAGCUGUCGGAGAUGUGGGGCGAUAUUAUCAGAAUCCGAAAGAAAACCGUUGCGUAGUAUGCGGACGCAGAGAUCCCUUAUCACGCAAAAAUGUUGUACCUCGCGAAUACAGAAAACAUUUCCCAGUGGUUAUGAAAUCGCAUACAUCACACGAUGUGCUCCUACUAUGCCCAGAAUGUCAUCAGCUUAGUAAUAUUUACGACUUGAAAAUGCGCACCAAACUGGCGGAACAAUGCAAUGCACCGUUCACUAAGGAUGAAUCAGCUGUGAAGUUCAUCGAGUUACCUGAGCUCAAGCAAGUUAAGUCCGCGGCGCGAGCCUUAUUACAAAGUCAAAAUGAAAUACCAGCAGAGCGACGUGAGGAAUUAAUACGUAUUCUAUUUAAUCAUUACAAAACAGAACCAACGCAUGAAUUAAUUGUGGAGGCCGCGAAAAUUGAUACAACGCGAAACAAUGAGAACUAUUGCCACCAUGGAGAGCACGUGGUCCAUAUGUAUCAAAACGAAUUCGGUGGACUCUGUGAACUGGAAAAACUGUGGCGGCAGCACUUCCUAAGCACAAUGAAGCCUAAAUAUCUUCCGGAGCUUUGGAAUGUCAAUCACAACGCAAAUAGGUUGGGUAUCCGCGCUCAAGAGGGUCGUGUUGAUAAGGAGGAUUUAAUUGUUGCUGGCCUCGAUGCAGCUGGAGUUAUGGAAACUGUAGCGAACAGUUGAAAAAAUUACAUUUUAAUAAAUUUGGUUAUUUCUGAAAAGUUUUUAUUUAUAAAUUUGUAACUAAAAUUUGCUGUGCCUAAAUUUAUUGCAAA